UUGCACCAAUAAAUGUAAAGUAGUCAAUUAUCUAAGUUAAGCUAUUUUUAUCUCUUCUUAUCAAAAGUAUGACUUUCAAAAUGCAUAGUUUGUGUCAAAAUACAUGGACUAUUUAAAAAACUAGACAAUCACAUAAAAUACACAUGUAUAAAGGUAUGUUUCUCACUAUAUAUACAUCCAGCCUUCUCUUGUUCUGUUAUAUGUUUUUUGUUUGUUCUAGCAGUCUCUUGCUUUCCAUUUUAACAUAUUAGACCGCAUUUUUUUUUAAAGAAAAGGUAUAUACAAUUUGUCUCACAUAUAAAACUCAGGCUUCUCAAAGAUUCAUUGAGGUCUUCUAGCUUAAAACUUAUCAUCAUUUCUUACAUAACUAAAGCUUCACUAUCAUUAAAGCUUUUCUUGUAAUAUAUUGAUGCAAAGAUUUUUGUUAUAUUGUUAUCUCGUAUGGCAUAAUCAAUUUGGAAGUAACUUGUUUUUUUUUGUUUUGGAAAAGAAGUAACUUGUUGAUGCUUUGGGUUUUGUUAUUACCGUAUCUACCAUCAGAAAAUUGAUUUUUUAAUAUCUUCUGUUUCUAGGCUCAUAGAUUCGUGCUACUGUAUCUUUGAUUUGGAAAUUUAGUUGUUAUCAUAAUAAUUAUUCUAUUUAUUUUAAGUUGAUAUGAUUUCAUACUACCGUAUUUUGGUCUAAAAUUUAUUUUGAAACUAUUUUUAUUUUUAAUAAGCAUAGACACACACAAAAAGUUUUACAUAAGCAAUUUGUGGUAAAUUUACAAUAUAUUUAUCUGAUUGUGAAAAUUACAGUGUUGCUAAACAUGACUUCAAGCGAUGAUCUUCAGUUUCUGUUGGACACCGACUUCUUUUUGUUCUUGGACCCGUCAGAAACUUUUAAUGCUCUCAUGGUAUACUUUUUCAUCUCUUACAUUUUUAUUUUAAAAUUGACUGUCGGUGUAAAUGUAUAUGAUAUGGUUCAAUUUAUUUGAUAUUUGAUACAUGAAUAUGAUAUCAUUUUCAAAGUGCUUGUAUAUCAUUUUGAGUUUACUAACUUUUAUUUACUCCCGAAUAUAUCUAUCUUAUGUAUUCAUUUCAUCAUACAGGCAUGUCCGGAAAAUCCUUCGUUGCUGGCUUCAGAAGAUGUACACAAUGAGAUUGUUGAAUAUCCCUCAACAUUGAUAGAAAAUCCGCCCACUGAUCAAGAGACAUUAACAACAAACUUAAGCUUUUGUCCAGAGAUGGUACCACAAUAUCAAAGCUUCCAUCACCAGAACGAUUAUUCCAGAUCUUUCAACGCAGUAGAAAACUUUCCUGGCAUGGUAUGAUGUUACAUAACUAUGCCACUUCUUUCAGUAAUAUGCAUUUGAUAUAUUUAUAUUUUUAGAAAAACUUACAUAAACACUUUUUAAUAUUGAAGGAUCUCUAAAAAAUUAUAGACUAAUCUCAUAAAUAUGCAGGUGCAGCCACCAUGUACAUUCAGCAAUGGCCAAAGAGAAACCAAUGAUAUACAUCCCUCAACAUUAAUAGAAAAUCCGCACACUGAUCAAGAGACAAUAACAAGAAAUUCAAGCUUUGUUCCAGAAAUGGUUUUACAACAUCAAAGCUUCCAUCACCGGGACCAUUAUUCUAGAUCUUUCAACGCAGUAGAAAAAUUUCCGGGCAUGGUAAGAACUAAUCUCAUAAAUAUGCAGCCACCAUGUACAUUCCAGUGUGGCCAAAGAGAAAGUGGCUACAGUGAAAACUGUUUACUAACCUCAACCAAUAAGGUGAUGACAACUGAAUUUCAGUCAACUGAUGUACAACAUGCAUUUGUAAAUCAAAGCUAUCAACAACCUUCAUUGCCACAAACAAUUCCUAAUUUCUCCAACGAACCUCUCAACUCAUUCGAUGUUGUGAUGCUUCAGAUGGAGAGUAAUGCACAACAAGUUGGAAGAACUAAUGGACCAACAAAUCACAAUCCUAUGUCUCAAGAUCAUCGCAUUCAUCCUUUUUUGUCAGAAAGCUAUUCACCAUUUGCGCAGACAUAUCAGUCUGACCCAUAUGCUUUUAAUUUCCAAACAUCAAGCUCAUUACAAACUACUUAUACUCGUCGACCUCGUGGAAGGCCAAGAAAAAAUCUAAUUUCAAUACCUUUGUUGAUGCUUGAUGCAAUCUAUUUGUUAACACUGCAUUUAUCAUACCUUUGUUUAUUUAGACAUUAUGGCGCACAAGAUAAGGGAAAAGAACAUAUUACAGCAAUUCCGUCUAUGAACCCAACUCUGUACAAUCAGUAUCAGAAUUCAUACACAAACAUAAUGACUCCGCAGAGUGAGGUUUUAAGACAACACAGUUGUAAUGAUCAACUUGAAAAUGAAAGCUCAUCGUCUAAGACAAGAAGGACCAUGGGAACUUUCCAAGAAAAAUCUAUAGCAGAUUCAUCGACGUGUUCUUUUUGGCAAAAUGAAAAUACGCGCUUAGGUGCAGGAUAUGCAGCUAAACACCACCAUGACAAGAGGUUUGUGUAUGCCAAGUUUCCGACUAUAAAUAUAUCAAUACGGUCUAUACAAAAUGCAGCAUAUGAUCCAUUAUACGCAGCUUAUGGAAUGCCCCUUGAUCCCCACUUAAGGUUCUUUUGAUUAGAUUUGUUCAAGUAUUAACUCUCUCUCUAAUUUACUCAUGUAAUUUAGGAUCACUAUAUUAUUCUUCUGUAUAUAAAAACUAAGCAUAAAUAUUACAUUGUAAUCUUUUGUAUCUUUUUUCUCUGUUUGCAGGGCCAUAUAACUUGCAUGUUUGAAGAGCCAAUAUGGUUUAUUGAUGGGAAAAGUAUUUCAAGACAA